AUGGCGCAUGUGGGGCAUGUAACCAGCAGGGUGUUGCGCGGUAGGACAGCGCUCGCUGCGCAGUCUGUCAUGAGUCCCAUGACGCGCUGUGGCGCGCUCAUCCAUCCUCGUUUCUGCAUGGCAGAGAUUGCCAUCCAGCAAGGCAUGGACCUGCUGUUUGGGCCGGAGGUGGCGCACGUGACGAGCGACGAGCAGGCCAUAUUCAUCGACCUGCCCGCCAACAUGCUGGGCUGCUUCCUGCUGGGCAUGCUGGGGGUGGUGUUCCUGCCAGCCCUGCUCAAGCACUCGCGGCACCUGGCAAUCGGGUUGGUGGUGGGGCUGUGUGGCGGCAUCUCCAGCUUCGCCACGUGGAACCAGCGCAUGCUCGCCAUCGCGACUGCCGGCCCCUGGGUCCGCGCCCUCUUCGGCUACUUCGCAGGUUCGGUGCUGCCCAUCAUAUCCCUUGUCGUGGGGGCAGACACCGCCCACAACCUCCGCUCUCUCCACUCCUACCUCUCCCACCGCACCCCUUCCCCACACUCCACCCCCUCCCCUUCUCUCCUUCCAACCACCACUCCCACACUCCCUCCCUCCUCUUCUCCAAACCCCCCUUCGCCCUCACAUCCCCCCUCCCUCUCGCACCCCCCCUCCCCCAUUCUCUCCCCACCAUCACCCGCUCGCCGCCACCUCAUCCCCAUGCUGCUGUGUGCACUUGUCCACUGGGCGGCGGCCAUCACCGGCGCCGUGCUCGCCGCCGCACACAGCGCCAGCCUGCAGGCCUUCUGCCUGGCCUGCGCGCUCGCCCCCCUGGGCACAUGCCUGCGCUGGUCCCUGCUGCCCCUCAACGGGGCUGGCCUCGGGCUGUGGUUCCACGGGGCCACUGGGAGGGGGAAGGGAGCGAGUGAAGCGGCUCGCAGUGGGGUUGGAGGGAAGAGGAAGUGGGAGGAGGGUGCGGGUGCAGCUGCAUGGAUGCCGUGGGGGACUCUUACAGUUAACGUGGGGGCUGCUGCUUUGGAAGCUGCAAUUUCAGUGGUGUAUGUCGCGGUAUCCCUCGCGACGCUCGUCGCAGCGCUCGCCGCCCUUGCUCCCGCUAGCGCCACCACGUACCGCUCCACGUUCAGCGACGGGAUUAACUCCGGCGGCGGCGCGUGCAACUACGAGGGCAACUUCCGCGAGUCGGAAUAUUUCUACAAGGGGCUGACCGCGUACCUGCCCCAAAAUAAGUACGACGGCGGCAAGGGCUGCGGCACGUGCUACGAGAUCGAGUGCAAGAGCCACAAGAGCUGCCGAAGCGGCAGCGUGAUCGUGCGCGCGACCGGCCGGCACGGAGACGACCAAUUCCUCCUCGCCUCCACCGCGUGGGACAAAAUCGUCCGCGGCCGCGACGCGGGGAACGUGGAGAUUAAGUUCCGCAGCGUCGACUGCCCGAAGAACGCCGACAUCGGAGUGAAGAUCAUGUCUGGGACGAACCAAUACUGGUUCGCGGUCCAGAUUCUGGGCGCCGCGAAAGCCGGCGGCGUGGAGGGAGUGGAGCUAUCGAAGGACGGCAAGAAGUGGAGCAAGAUGAAGCGGCUCGCGGAGAGCGCCACGUGGGCCUUGGAUCCCGCGAAGGAGAUCGUGGAUGCGGGGAAGAAGGUGAGUGUGCGCGUCACGGCGGUGGGCGGCGCGCGCGUGGAGCUGAAGGACGUCAUUCCCGAGAAGUGGACCGUUGGGAACACAUACAAGAGCAGCACCAACUUCUAG